UCUGUGAUCUCCUCUCCAGGUAUUGUGCUCCUUGCACUGUUGAUGUCUGAUGUGUUUGUGAUGAGAAAGAUGGUGUCCUCUAUGCCAAUAUGUACCCCUGGGAGUUUCCAGUGUCAGGUUCUGCUCAGUGACCUCUUUGACCGAGCAGUAAAGUUAUCACACUAUAUCCAUUCCUUGUCUACAGAAAUGUAUGAGGACCUGGAUCAGCAGUUUUCCCAAGGCCGCCAGAUCUUAGGAAAAGCCAUAAACAGCUGUCACACCUCCUCAUUAAGUACCCCAGAGGACAAGGACCAGGCUUUGCAGACACACCAUGACGACCUGAUUAACCUUGUCCAGAAGUUACUGCGCUCAUGGAACCAGCCCUUGCAACAUUUGGCACUGGAGGCUCCAGACAACAUGGCGAGCAAAGUGAAAGAAGUAGAGGAACAUGCAAAGAUCCUGCAGGGAGGGAUUGAUAGGAUUGCUGGAAGGAUGCAAAGCAAUCUGGGAGAUGACUUUUACCCUCAAUGGUUCGGUCCGAUGGAUUCCAGGAUGCCAAACGGAGAUUCCGAGAGUUACGCCCUCUAUCACAUGCUGCACUGUUUCCGGAGGGAUGCCAACAAGAUAGACAACUACUUGAAGAUCCUCCGGUGCCGCAUGGUGCACGCCAGCAACUGCUAG